AUGAGUGCUGUUAUGCUCCAUGCAGAAUAUCUCUACUCAUAUGUGACAGUGCCCGAUGGCGAUGACAAGGUGCAAUAUUCGCCUCCUCCGGGUGAGGAUUGCGACAGGAUUUCUUCGGAUCCCAGUGAUUUCAAGUUGGAAUAUCCAACAACUGCUGAAGCUUCAGACUCAACAGGUGUCCUUCCAACGAACCGCUGCCCUCCUGCCCCUGGGUCCGUUUCGCAGCUGUCUGCCUGCGAGCUGGACCUGAUGAGGCUACAACUUCAAGCUGCUUUCUUGAGUUACAGGUCGCCGGACACCACUCCAAAGCAGUAUAUCAGUCACGAAGAGCUCAUAGAAACCUUCAAAGAUCUAUCAGCCCCUGCUGCUGGUCAUCACAAAGAGCGCGCCGGUUCUUGCUCCAGCAGUCGCCCGCAGAGGAUUCAACGGGAAUCAGAGGGGAAACAGCCUAGCAGAAGAUUGUCGGCCAGAUCCGAUUGUGAAGGCGUUUAUGGUGUGGUAGAGAUGCGAACCAAGAAGGGCGCUCAGCGUCCAGAAAAGGUUAAGUGCACCAUCGAAUCCGGCAGGGGCAGGAUGCUCCUCUCGAUCUUCGGAGGUAACGAUUACAAGGUGCAGAUGGGUUUCGUCUACCUUGAAGAAUCGUAUGUUGCUUCAUACCCCAGCAAACCCCCCACCUUCGCUGUUGGGCUGAUGGCUGGGAAUGUUUGUGUCGACGACAGCGAAGUACUUUUCAGCUGUCACACAAUAAGUUCGAGGGACAAGUGGGUGGAGGCCCUCCUUCAAGGCGGCUGCAGAGUCAAAAGCAAGCGAGAGCAGGCAGGGAAGUAA